AUGAUCAAGGCGCCCAGCUCCUCUCCCAUGGCCUUUGCCGCGGCGGCUGCGGCUCUCGUCUUCGUGUCGGCGUGGGGCGGCGCGGACGCGACGAUCGAGAGCACUUGCCGGGUCGCGGCGGCCGGCGACCGGCGCGUGGACGUGGCGUUCUGCACGCGCCAGUUCUUGGCAUUCAACGGCGCGGCGGACGCGGACGAUUGGGGCCUGGCCAAAACGGCGGCGCUCGUCGGCAUCAGCCUCGGCGACGACGCCAUCUUCGACCUCACCCACGGGAAGCUCUUCCCGCCGCCCGCCGACAAGAAGGCCGAGGCGGCCAUGGACGUGUGCGUGAAGGCGUACGACCAGGUGGGGCUGGCCUUCGCGAAGACCUCCGACGAACUCAGGUCACGUCGGUGCGCGCCUGCCAAGGAGCAGGUGGCGCGCGUGGCGGCGCUCGUGCAGCGCUGCGAUGCCGGGCUCGCCAAGGUCGGCCUCGCGUCGCCGCUGCCCAAGUACAGCGCCGACUGCCUGCAGACGGCCAUCAUCGCCAUAGCCAUCACCAACCUCAUCAAGUGA